UGAAUAGUCCAUUCUUGCACGGAUUGGGGGCAUUUUUUUAAAAUCCAUUUUUGAACUUUGGUGAUUAUGUGAAAGUGUUUUUAGACUGGUCUAUUAUACCUUUUCAUGUACGGGGGACCUUUUUGCUAACUUCAAUUUUGGAUUCGGUUUCUCAUUUAAAAGGCCAUGUUUUCAGUGGGAGUAUCUGUGGACAGGUCUAUUGCGCAAAUUCACAUGGGGUGUACUGGAGUCCAUUCUUGCACAGGGGGAUUUUGUAAGAUUCAUUUUUGGGUUGAACCGUCAUUAGUAAAAAUGAUUUUCCAAAUGGGUUAUUUUGUUGUUGCAUGCAGAGGGAGAUGGCUGAAAUAUGCUGUAUUUGCUCAAAAGCAAAUGUCGGCCUUUCUAGUUUUGAUAGUACAACACUUUUUUGAUAAAACAACACUUUUCUAACAUGUCUUAAAACACUGCUUAACUUAGGUGUGACAUGUCAUUCGGUGUAAUAUAACCAGCUGCUGCCGCGCCGUGUGCCUGCGAAGCUGGUGUGUUACGCCGAACGGCGGUUAUACCGGCUAUAGAGAUCUUCAACUGGCUGCCGUUCCGUCGGUCCGAUAUCCAAAACUCCGACCAGGUAACGUUAAAUGUCUUUUAAUUGUAUCAUACUAGAACCUUUUUUUCAGUGACCUAUAGCCUGAAGUAUGUUGACAUGUUGACAGAUCCAUAUUUGAUGUUUUCGGACGACACACAGAAUGCGACGCCUCGCAUCUAGGGUCCGGUCAGACGUCACUUUAUCAUUAGAUAAUUCUACAAAGACGGCGUAAACGUAAUUUCGAACACUAGUCACGCACGCACGUCCGGCAGCGUCAGGUCACGUGACCCUUACGUCACCGUACGUCGACGCAGCGCGGCAUGGCGCUCACUGGCGGCAAAACACAGGCAUUGUCAUUGUCUGGACGCGAAUCAACAGGUGAACUGUUGCGUGGAGCAAAACAUGGUCUCAACAAUGAGUUCAGCUGUGCCAAGUCCAAGGCUUCUGUUAAAUCUGGCGGUCUGAAGUGAAGCAAUACUAUUGAAACAUUUUCCGCGAUGGCUACUGCUGGGAGCACCGAGUCCACCCUCCCCUCCCCACUCCCCGCCGAUCGGACCUUUUCCUCAUCGCGGCACAGCGGCGAGGUUCUUCGGUACCUCAACACACUCCGCACCGACGCCCUCCUCUGCGACAUCACGCUCAUCGUGGACGGGAAAGAAAUCCCCGCGCACAAGAACAUCCUCGCUUCCUGUAGCGACUAUUUUCGUGCCAUGUUCACCCGUGGAAUGAGAGAGUGUAACCAAGACACUGUGGAGAUCAAAGGAGUGCCAUACAGCGGACUGGAGAAUGUUGUACAGUACAUGUACACGUCUCAGAUCACGCUCAACUCAGAAACGGUACAGGACGUGCUGACCACUGCCAACCACCUGCAAAUAUCUGCGGUUGUGCAGUUCUGUCACGAGUACCUGAUCUCCAUCGUGGACGUGGACAACUGUGUUGACAUCGGGAAAAUCGCGCAGACCUUUAGCCUACUGGACCUGCGCAGUGUGGUGGAUAGGUUCAUGCUGCGGCGGUUCUCCGUGCUGGCGGACCAAGACGACUUCCAGCGGCUCAGCAUCGACGAGCUGUCCGCCCUGCUGGAGAGCGACGACCUCUGCACGUGCUCCGAGAUAGAGGUUUUUGAAGCCGUUGUGAAGUGGCUGGAGUACAACGCAUCCCGUCAGAAGCACAUGAGCGAGCUGAUGUCACGUGUCAGGUUCCCGCUCAUGUCGCCUGCAGAGCUGGUGGACCGGGUACAGACCGUGGGCUUCAUGCAGACUGACGUCAGCUGCAUGCGCAUUCUGCAGGAGACCUUCACGUACCACGUCCUGCCGCACAGACAGCCCGUGAUGCAGUCGCUCCGUACCCAGGUCCGCUCCACGUCCAGUCACCUGGUGAUAGUGGGCGGCGAGCCGUCCUCCCGGGCCAGCGAGACUCUCAUCCGCAGCGUCAAGUUCCUGGACACGGGAGGGUCGUCCUGGCGGGAGGUCACGGCCAUGGAGAGGCCACGCAGCCACAAGGGCGUGGCCGUGCUAGGCAACUUCCUCUACGUGGCAGGUGGCUCGUGUACGAGUCAUCUCGGCCGCCUGACGGCCACGAACGAAGUGCACCGGUACGACCCCCAACAGGACUCGUGGUUCCAGACGGCGUCCAUGUUGGAGAGCAGGACCGACUUCCACCUCGCCGCCAUCGGCACCCAGCUGUUUGCCGUGGCGGGAAGGAACGACGCCGACAAACUGGCGACGGUCGAACGAUACAAUCCCCAUAAAGACGAGUGGACGUACGUGGCGUCGCUAGACGAGCCCGUGGUGAGUCACGCCGUCUGUGUGGACAAAGGCUACCUGUACGUGUCCGGGGGGUACAACGGGAGUUUCCAGAGCACAUUUCAGAGAUAUAACCUUGAGGUUGACCGGUGGGAGAACAUGACCGCCAUGACCACGGCCAGGGGAUGGCACUGCAUGACGUCAUCACACGACCGGAUAUACGUCUUUGGCGGGACGUGUGAAAACGGAAGUGGCAUCCGGGGCGUUCUUCAGGACGAGUGUUACGACCCCAGUACACAACAGUGGGCAAAAACGUCUCCGAUGCUGUGUACUAAAAGCGAGGCAGGGAUAGCGGUGUACGAGGGUAAAACAACAACAUAG